AUGGCGGAUAACCAGCCACUGUUAAACAGUUCAGAACAAACCAAGUUCCCGAGUCGUGAAGACAGAGUAUUUAAUUGCAUAUUCAAAGUGAUGCAUUACUUGCGAUAUGCAAUUAUUGUUUUUUGGUUGGUGUGUGCCUUGGGGUUCUGUUACCCUGCACUGAAAUUUCUUGGAUCAACAUCACUUUUUAUCGAACCACCAAAAGGAACACUGGCCAAUGAAGCAAAUUCAUUUGUGGCUGAGAAGUUUCCUGACUCUUUUCAAGUAGGAAAAAAUGUUAUAACAAUCAAAACCAAAGAUGGAAGCAAUGUUAUUACAAACUAUACAAAAGAUUUUUCCUUGUCAAUGAAGAUGUGGAUGGACCAACAAAAGAUCAUUGUGAGUUACUCUGGUUUCUUUUUGUUGCCAACUUUAAAUUCGUCGAUUGACCAAGAGAUUUUGGACAUUGCAAAGAAACAAUUUGUUGGAGAAAGGGGGGAUAUUACUAUGAUUGUAGUCAAUAUAGAUGACAGAGAUGCGUCGGCCAUUCCUACAUUUAUUAAAAAUUUAAGAAAAGAGAUGGAAAGACUCAACACUGAUAGCAAUUACUAUGCUGGUGUGACUGGGUUUGAGGCAGGAAGUGUUGAUUUGCAAGAUGAAAUAAUGGCUUCAUUGUUUAGGAUGGAUGUUUCUGUAAUUCCUAUUGCAAUUUUUGUACUGUUGUGGGUAUUAAAGAGUUUGACAUUGAUGAUUAUACCUUUAUGUACUAUAUCAGUAUCUUUCGCCGUGUCAUUUGGUAUCAUGUACCCCAUCACAUUUGCCAUUGAUAUUUACAGUGUUGCACCUGCCCUUAUGUCGAGUUGUAUCUGUGCAAUGAGUAUAGAUUAUAGUUUGUUCCUCCUCACACGGUUUACAGAGGAGACUGUUGGAAAACACGACUCUUAUUCAGCAAUUAAAAACACGUUACAACAUUCUGGAAGGAUUAUUGCAACAUCUGGUGGUUUGUUGACGCUGUGUUUCGUCUCAUUAUGUUUCUUCCCCCUUGAUGUUGUUAUA